CGUUAAGACUUGGCAACAAUAAAAUUAAUUAUGGGAGUAGUGUCCCUUAUGUUGAUAUGCUCCCCCAUCCCCCCUAUACAACAAUUGUAUCUUAGACUGCAACAAAAAAACAUGGAUAGCUGGAUUGUUUAGAUGAUAGAUUUAUAUAGAUCUAAAUUAUCUAGGAUUAGGAUUUCUUUUCUCACAAAAAUCAAUCUAGACCUAGAAUAUCUGGAAUCUAGUAGAGUAAAGCCUAGACUUAUGAUUUAGCCUACGCAACGUCUGUUCAUCACUCACUCACCGACUCACACUCAGCUAACAUGUCUGUGUCUCCUGAAUCAGUAUAAAAUGACUCUUAAAUCAACUUAAAUGAGUUAUGAGUAUUACUCAAAUUACUACCCCUAUUACUAUUAGUAUAAAUUACUAGAAUGCCUAGUACAGAUCAAUUGAGUUUGAGUCAAUUGAGACAUUUGUCCAUUUUAUUAAAUUUUAAUACUAAUAGUUCAAUGAUUCUAGAUACAUUGAUUUAGAUGUUGAUCUAGAGUCUAUAAAUAUACCUUUUAUUUUUAUACAUUAUAAUUCAUUAUAUUGACAAUAUUGUCUAUUUUAUCACUGCUGUGCUGUACUCUGUACUGUAUAGUAUACAAUAUAAUACAAUAUUGACAGCUAGAUCUACUUGCAACUCCAGUACCGGUAAUGAAAAUGAAGUCAUGAUCAUAUUAUUAUCAUAGAGAUCUAGAAAUAUAAUUAUAAAUUCUAUUGGCCAUUAUUUGUUCUUGAAUGUGUAACAUCCUAAUAAGAUGAACAUGCUAGAUGGUGUAGAUUGGGAGGUAGUAAAUUACAACGAAUUGGAAAUGAUCCUACAGCUCAACGAUUUCAGUGAAUCCUCUGUUGAUACUGAACUAUCUAGUGGUUUGACUCCAUUGUGUUCAGCUUGCAAAUACAAUAGGGAAGAUCUGGUUACAAUACUUUUACACCACCAGGCUCAGGUCAACAAGCAAUCUACAUAUCUUAGCAGGAGCCCUCUACACUUUGCUUGCAAUCAUACAUAUGGAAAUAUCGGGAUCGCUAGAAAAAUAAUUGAAGCACAGGCACAUUUAGAUGAACUGGAUGGAAAUGGUAAUUCCAGUCUUCAUCUUGCUUGUCAAAAAGUCAACAUUCCUGUGGUAGAACUUCUCUUAAAACAUGGAGCCAGUGUAAACAUAGCAGGAGAAAAUGGAGAAACUCCUCUUACAAAAGCUUGUUAUACAAAAGAUAAAACUUUGGUUGAAGUUUUACUGAAAGCUGGCUCUGAUGUCAACUCGCCAGAAGGACUUCCCCUAGAAAUCGCCCUGCGAGACUCAGCAUUGGAAAUUCUUUACCUUCUCAUUCAAGCAGGAGCUAAUGUCCACAAGAGGCCCUAUUUGACUCAUGCCAGUGAAUAUGGGAAUAUUGAAUUAAUGAAAGUUUUGUACCAGUAUGGAGCUGACAUCAAUAAAACUGACUCCCUUGGUAUGAAUCCUUUACAAAUAGCUUGCUAUUCUCAAACUGCAGGGUCAGAGACUGUUGAACUAUUGUUACAUUGGGGUGCAGAUAUUCAUGCCUGCUCACACAUGAAAGAGACAGCUCUACACUAUGCCUGUAGCCUACAGGAUGUUAAGAAAGUCAGGCUGCUUCUGGCCUAUGGUGCUGAUGUUAACGCUCAGGACCGACUUCGUCUUUCUCCGCUGAUGGUUAAUAUGCAUAAUCUAUCCAUGUCCAUAGGACCUCAGUACGACAUUGCAGUGGUCAUAGCCAGGCUCCUGCUGGCUGCGGGUUCCAGGCUAAAAUUGGAAUAUCUGGAUUCACUUAGAUAUCCUUCAUCUCUUUUACCCUGCGUUGCUCAAAAGAAGAGAGACUUAUUCAACAUGCUGUACCAGCAUGUCUCACAGCCCCUCGGGCUCUUAGCGCUGUGUCGUGUUAGAAUACGCAGGCUGAUCCAGCCCAACAUAGAUAAAAACAUUGACAGUUUGCCCUUGCCACAACAUGUUAAACGUUAUUUAAACUUUUGGGACAUUGUCAAUUAAAUAUUAUUUAUAUUUAUUAGAAUUUCUAAAAUUGCCAAUUAAAUAUAAUUUAUUAUGUUUAUUAGAAUUUCUAAGUACAGUGAAAAUGAUUAGGCAUGCUUGUGCUGCUUCUUGAGACAGAUAUGUUAUAUAUUUUGGCAUGUGUAUAAAGCAGUACCGGUACUAAUCAGGUUGUUUUUUGUGUGUGUAUGUUACCCAGUAUGUAUAACUGCUUUUAAGUGACAAGUCUGUGUGGUUACUGAUGAAAUUAUUUUUUACUCACUACUGUUUAAAAGUUUUUAUCUUUUAGCAGUUACAACUGUUAGUAAAAAUGUGAAUAUUUGUUGACUAUCUUUUAAUAAAUAUAGUUGUGUGGUGGUUAAAAUAAAAAUGAAAUGUUAUCUUGUUUUUAAACAGCUAACAUUAUUGUUCAAAAUUGUAAAAAAAAAUAUAGCUUACUAUUUUAAAAGAAGUUUUACCUAAAUGGCACGAUAGCUGAGUGGUAAAACACUUGGUUUCCAAACUGGAGGUAACGGGUUCAAAUCCUGGUGGAGACUGGGAUUUUUAAUUUUGGGAUCUUUGAGCGCCUGCUCUAAUGGGUACCUGAUAUUAGCUGGGGAAAAGUUAAGUUGGUCGGUCAUGUUGCUGGCCACAUGACAUGACACCUCGUUGACAGUGGGCCACAGAAACAGAUGACCUUUACAUCAUCUGCCCUAUAGAUCACAAGGUCUGAAAGGGGAACUUUUUUUUUUUUUUUCAAUAAAAAAAAGAUCAUUAUAAAAAAUACAAAAAUAAAGAAAAUCCACUUG